GAAAAAGAAAAGUAAACCAGAAAAGGAGACUAAAGCAGCAACAGUAGCGCCGGUCACAGCAGUUACUGAGGAAGUAGUAGUUCCAGCAGAAUCACAGAGCGGAACUCAUAUUUUGGCUGAAGAUAAGCCUUCUGCGGUUAUCGCUACAACGGAACUAACACCGCGGCAAACUGAAACAACAGUAACAGUGACGCAGGAAGCAAACAUCCCUGAACCGUUCAGCAAUGUCACAGUAGUACCCUUAAGAAAGUCACCGAAGCAAGUUGCCUUCGCAUUAGAUAUUGAUGAAAGAGAACCACUUGUUGAGUUCGCUGCGCCAACUCCCACUGAGCGCAUAGACGAUCUAAAAACAUUGACAAAUGACUUUUUAAGCGACGAGAAGCAAACGCAUCUGUCACCGAGACUACCGCAAGUAACCGACUUAGACGCCGAUGCUAAAUCGAUUAGCGCGAUUGUGCAGAAAGUCGCCGAAAUAACAAUUACAGAGCAACAGCCUGUAUUAGAAACCACAGAGCCCCUGAAUGAAAUAAGUGCAAUACCAAAUAGAACAGAACAACAACCGGCAGAGGACGCAAGCGGCGUGGUGAAAACCACCACUGUACGCAAGACGAAAUUCGUCAAGAAGAUAAUGCAGAAGAAACCAGCGUCACCAGAGUCACCGGAGCCACAGCCAACGGCGUCAGAAACAGCAGAAGACAUUGACGUGGCAGAGGAAGCGAAGGAAGAACCGAAAAUUGAGAAAUCAGAAUCAGUUGUGCGCGAAGUCGAUGAUAGUGGUGUGAUAAAGACCACCACAGUACGUACAAUGAGCAUCAAGUCACAGAAUGUUAACGAAGCUACGGAAAUCGGUGAAGCUACGCAAGUAGUGGAAGAAAAAGAGUAUCCACCAGCACGCGUGGAGGAGGAGCAUAGCGCCAUUGUAGAUACACCUGAUGCAUACGAAAUCAGAAAUGUAUUGCCCACAACUGAAAAAUACGCCACAGAUCAAACAAUUGCCGGCGAGGUGGUUAAAACCAUACGCGUACGCAAGACAAAAACAGUUAAAAGAAUAACACAAAACGUUGAAGAAAGCAGCAGCGAAAAGAGUACGACGACGGCGAGCGAGAAUACUGCAGACGAGACAGCUGCCGUUGAGCCCACCGACGAGCAUGAAAAAGAGAACGGUGGUGUAGUAAAAACUGUGACUGUGCGUACGACAAGCUUUGUUAGACGCAUACCAUACGAUUCUGUUUCCGCCGCCAACGUCUGCGACGAAACAGCGCAUACGAAAACGAGCGAGUCGCCAAGCGAUGAACAGCUGCGAAACUCGCCAAUUGUUAUUGAAGAGCCUAGCGAAAGCUCAACCACUACAACGCAAACUGAUGGCGCUAUUAUAAAAACCACAACCAUACGUACAAUGCGAUUGAAUAAGACAAUUGCUUCAGAUGGUCGUAUACUUUUGAAAGAGGUAGAUAAUCCAGAUGACGUCAUAGUAACAUCCUCAAUUGAAAUGCCCGAACAGGCUACAAUGCCGGGUGUGAAAACCAUUGACGUCAGCUCAUUGUCUGAACCUUUGCCAACAGCAUAUGCACCAACUGAAAGCAGUGACAAUGUUUAUGAUGUACCUAGUGGUAUUGAUGAGGUUCAAAUUAUUGAUUCGGCCAAUAGCGAGCAAGUAGAAUCAAAGAAGAGUACUGGCAUUGAAGUUGUUGAUAUUGACACUAAAGUGUUACCAAAUGUUGAGGAACAGCAAGCGCACCAAACACAACAGACUAGUAUUACGGAGACCACAAGAACGACCUCAGAUCUUACAAUUACCAAUAAGACGCUAACCACACAAUCUAACGAACAAACAUCAAAAUCUACCACUACCGUUACCAAACGUACUCGACUAACCACACUACAAAGAGCUAGUGUUGAAACACAAGACGGUGAACCGCUAACGCUGGUUGACGAAAGUUACAACGGUCUUCCCAAAUCGGGUGAAGUGCGAAAGAUUGCACUCAUAACGCAUGAAGAGACAUACAAAACCCCUAAAAUGAAAAUGCAUUUCGAUUUCCCACCAGUUACCCUAAAAGUUACCGAAACAUUGACAACACAGUUGGAGAAUACAGCUGAGUCAAGCGAGGGCACAAAGGUUGUAGAGGAAGAGGUUAAGCUUGAGACAGGUACAGAAUCAAUUAUACACAAGAUAAUAGAAGAGCAGGUGACAGCGGAUGAGGUAUUAGACGAGUGCAGUAACGUGAAAGUAGAGGAAGGCAAACAGGUUUCCAGUGUGACGGUUGGAAGUGAAACUCCGCUACCGGAGGGUGUGCUGCCUACCACGGAAGCGGUGACUAGGUUAGCAGAGCCAAUUGUAAUAGAAAAAGUAGUAGAAAAGAAAGAUGAAAUUAUAGAUCAGUUAACAACAGAGAGUGUGGUAGAGAAACGCUUUACAGAAAGCAGCGAGUACAACGAGAACACUUCAUUAGCUACUAUCGUAGAAGGUGUUUCCUUAAUAACAGUGAAUAAUAUUGCCAUACCCGACAGACCGCCCUCAGCAAACGACACGCAAAAGUUUGAAAAGUUAGCAGAGCCCACUGUACAACAAACACAGGCUGCGGACACACCAGACUUUGUAGCAGAAAUGACAGCUGAAGAGCAAGAAUUAUUUGAGGACAUUAAGAAGAAACUCGCUAAGAAAGAUAAGAAAAAGCGACCAGCGCUACCAGAAGACUUUUUCAAACAGGAACAGUUAGAUAGAACGGUAGAACUGCUAGCUGAAGAACGCUUAGCAAGCAAGACUAGUGAAGUAGGCGAGCAACCGGAGGCACCACAAGUAGGUAGGACUGCUGUUGAAGAAGCGCGCGUGGAACGCAGUGAAACUGAGUUUAAACAAAAUAUUUUCCUUGACUUGGUUGAGGAUAAAUCGCUUAAGAUUAGGGAAGUUAGUAAGAGUGAGGAAACGUAUCACGAGCUAGUUGAGCGUGAGGUACCCGCACACGACGACACACCAAUCGAGCCUAAGGCAGAAACUCAGGUUGAAGAAGAAGAAGUGCAAGUAGUACACACCAAAUUACCUGCAACAGCAGAACCCACUAACAAUGCUAUUGCUAAUGAAAUACCUGCUGCAAAACCUAGCGCAAGCGUGCUAAUCGAAGAAACUAGCGCCCAUAAUUCUGCACUAAUUUGCUUUGAGGUACCUAAAUAUAAUCUAAAUGAGUUGCAAUUGGCCGAAAAGAGCUACAUUGAAGUGAGUAACAAACCUAGUGAACCCCAAAUAGUAGAAUUAUCACAGAAAGACGAAGCUAAGCCAGUUGUCGACGCACCUACUAAGGUCAUUAGUGUAGUUUCGAGUGAUAUUCCUUUGUAUUACGAUGUACCAAAAUAUGAUGUUUCUACGCUAGCACAAGCUGAGGUGAGAUACCAAACCCUGCAAGAAAACGUGAAAUCACCGGAAGUUGAGCAGCCCGCUGUAAGUCAGGUAAGUGAUAUAGACGAAGCAAAUUUAAUUGAAAAGGUUGCAAAGAUUCAGUUAGGGGUUAAAGAAGAUGAGUUAGUUUCGAAAACCACCACCACCACCACCACCACCGUGACUACUAAGGUCACAACCUCGUCAACAAGUGAAGAAAUCGCAGACAUGCAAGCUUCGCAAGUCAAGCACGUCGAGCCGAAACUCGAAUUGGCUACCGCAGUUGCGGAAGUCAAGCCAGCAGAAAUAAGCGAAUCUUUCGCACCAGCUGAAAGCAAGGAAGAGUCGAACACAGAUAAAUCUAGGCAAUCAAUUACCUCGACCACAAUUCUAACGACUGCAGUUGCUGCAACGGCAAGUGUACUAGAAAGCGUUAGCAAUUACUUCAACUACGAAACUCCGAAAUACAAUGUUGAGGCGAUUAAGCAGGCAGAGAAACACUUUGUGGACACUGUUGUGCAACAGAGUGUUGAUGAUCAAGAGAUCGUUGAAGAGAAAGCGAAAGAAAAGCUUGAAGAAGUGAAAACAGUUGGCAAGCCACUUGAGAAAUCAGUAGAAGAGGUUGUUGAAGUGAAGAAAAUAGAAGACAAACCAAUCGAGACAUUGAAAGAAGAAGAAAAAUCUGAAGAAACAGUGUCACAGGGAAGCUCCGCCACUAUUACUACAAUCACUACUACUACAGAAACAGUGGAAGUAAAGGCUUCUGAAAGCAAACCCGUUAAAGAAGUUCCAAAAGUGGUCGAAGAAGAACACAUUGCAAAGGUUGAGCAAGCAAAACCAGCAGAUACUCCAGCUGAGCUUCCGGCGGAAGAAGUUGUUGAAGUGAAGACUAUUCAAGAGAACCCCGUCGAAUCAGUUAACGAAGCGCCCAAAAAGCCUGCUUAUGCUGGCCUACCAAUUGAUGAGUCUUCCAGCAUCUGGAUGGAUGUUCUGGACGAACCCAUGGUGCUGUCAGAUGAAGAUGAGAAAUCUGAGGAAACGGUAACCCAGACCACCACUACAAUGACUACCAAAACUAGUGUUGUCACUGAAGUCGAGGAAACCAAAACUCUUGAAACCAAAACCGUGGAAGAAAUUUCUCAAACGGUCGAAGAGAAACUGAUGGAACAGGUUGGGGAAGUGAAACCGGUUGAGAUCCCAGUAGAACCUAUAGCAGAAGUUACGAAUGUGGUCAAAGAGAAACAAAUCGUAAAGGCUGAGGAAGUGCAAUCAGUUGUGGCUCCAGAUGAAGAAAUUAUCGAAGUGAAAACUAUUGAAGAGAAACCCGUGGAAAUAGUAAAAGAAGAACCCAAGAAGCCAGUUUAUGCCGGUCUUCCAAUCGACGAAUCUUCCACAACCUGGAUGGACGUUCUGGAUGAGCCUAUGGUUUUCUCUGACGAAGAAGAUAAACCUGAAGAAACUGUGUCUGAGACCACUACGACAACUGUUACCGAAACCACUGCUGUAAUCGAAGUAGAGGAAGUAGAAGCUUCUGAACCCAAAUCUGUACAAGAUGCUCCUCAAGAGGUGGAAGAGAAACUGUUCGAAAAGGUUGAGGAAGUUAAAUCUGUUGAAACUCCAGUAGAAGAAAUUAUCGCAGUGAACACUGUGGAAAAGAAACCCAUCGUACCAGUGAAGGACGAACCAAAGAAACCAACUUAUGCCGGUCUUCCAAUAGACGAAUCAUCCACAACUUGGAUGGACGUUUUGGAUGAGCCUAUGGUCUUCUCUGAUGAAGAAGAAAACUCUCAAGAAACUGUAACUCAGACUACCACAACAACUGUCACCAAAACCACUGUUUUAACCGAAGUAGAGGAAGUUAAGUCUUCUGAAACCAGCUCAGUAAAAGAUAUUCCUCAAGUGGUCGAAGACAAAUCGAUCGAAAAGGUUGUGGAAGUUAAACCAGUGCAGAUUUCCGCGGAACCUGUAGAAGAAGUUCCCAAAUUGGUUGAAGAGAAACCGUUCGAAAAGGUUGAGGAAGUAAAUUCUGUUGAGAUUCCACUGGAAGAAGUUAUUGAAGUGAAGACUGUUGAAGAGAAACCCGUCGAACCUAUAAAGGAAGAACCCAAGAAACCAGCUUAUGCCGGUCUUCCAAUAGACGAAUCUUCCACAACCUGGAUGGACGUUCUAGAUGAGCCUAUAGUCUUGUCUGAUGAAGAAGACAACUCUGAAGAAACCGUGACGCAGGCUACCACAACAACAGUCACCAAAACCACUGUUGUAACUGAAGUAAAGGAAGUUGAAACUUCUGAAAUCAGUACUGUAAAAGAUAUUCCUCAAGCGGUCGUAGACAAAUCGAUCGAAAAUGUUGUGGAAGUUAAACCAGUUCAGAUUUCCGCGGAAACUGUAGAAGAAGUUCCCAAAUUGGUUGAAGAGAAACCGUUUGAAAAGGUUGAGGAAGUAAAAUCUGUUGAGAUUCCACUGGAAGAAGAUAUUGAAGUGAAGACCGUUGAAGAGAAACCCGUCGAACCUAUAAAGGAAGAGCCCAAGAAACCAGCUUAUGCCGGUCUUCCAAUAGACGAAUCUUCCACAACCUGGAUGGACGUUAUGGAUGAGCCUAUGGUCUUAUCUGAUGAAGAAGAAAACUCUGAAGAAACCGUGAUGCAGACUACCACAACAACAGUCACCAAAACCACUGUUGCAACAGAAGUAAAGCAAGUUGAAACUUCUGAAAUCAAUACUGUAAAAGAUAUUCCUCAAGCGGUCGUAGACAAAUCGAUCGAAAAGGUUGUGGAAGUGAAACCAGUUCAGAUUUCCGCGGAACCUGUAGAAGAAGUUCCCAAAUUGGUUGAAGAGAAACCGUUUGAAAAGGUUGAGGAAGUAAAAGCGCCUGAGAUUCCACUGGAAGAAGUUAUUGAAGUGACGACUGUUGAAGAAAAACCCGUCGAACCUACAAAGGAAGAAGCCAAGAAACCAGCUUAUGCCGGUCUUCCAAUCGACGAAUCUUCCACAACCUGGAUGGACGUUCUGGAUGAACCAAUGGUUUUAUCUGACGAAGAAGAAACAUCUCAAGAAACGGUGUCUCACACUACCACAACAACCACCGUUGUUAGUGAAGUAGUAGAAGUAAAGCCUGCAGAACCAAAACUUGUAGAAACAGUUUCAGUAGUGACCAAUGACAAACCGAUCGAGCAGAUCGAAGAUGUGAAGCCAGUUGAAGAAACGCCCAUUAAGCCUGCUGUGGUGUCUGAGAGUGUUAAAGAUACCGAAACUAUUGGUAUCGAUGAAAUCCAGCAUGCUCUAUCUCAGAUUACCACCAUAACCAGUUCCAUGUUUGAAGCUAUAGAGCAAAGUACUGCGGGUAUGUUAGCGGUAGAUGAGCAACCUAAACUGCCUACUGUAAUGAAUGAAGAAAACAUAGUUCAACCAGUUGACGACAAAACUAAGAAAGAGAAGGUUGUAUCUUUCGUGGAUGAGGUUAAAUCUGAAAGUACUGUUAAGUCGGCAAAUGAAAACAUACUUGAAAAUUUAGAAAUAAAAACUACAGAUACAUUUGCACCCUACGAAAAUGUACCACUCGCGCCAGAGAUAACAGCACCUCCAGUAGAUGGUUAUGGUAAAGAGAGAAGCAUCAGCGAAAGCGACCUUCUGAUUGUGUCGAAGUGGUCCGAUAGCAAGCCAUUACCAGAAGAGAAGUCUGUCAUUGAUACGUGGUCAAGUGUGUUAGAAGAUACAACACCUGUUCAACCAAAUAUUGCAUUUACGUCCAAAUUGUCACCUAAUGCACCCGAAUUUACACCAUCCUACCUGCGCCAAACGGAUGCUGAUGAAAAUGUGGUUUUCUUAGAAAAUGAAAGAAGUGUUCAUACCGAGAAAGUGCAGAAAAAAUCCAAACAACAAAAGAGAGAAGAGAAGUCGCAUAAAGAACAGCCAGAAGAGAAAAUUAGUGAGAGGCCUUCCCAACUCAAUGCCGAUGCUCCGGUAUUUAAACUUCCUGAGGAUACAAGAGACUCAAAGGCGCCGAAGGGUAAAUCCUAUGCUGAUAUCGUAUUUAGUGAGCAUUCGCAUGUAGGGGAAACGAGCACAAUUCAAGCUGUGACUGAAGACAAGAAAGUACCUUCCGAAAAACCAGCUGAACCUGAGGUUACACCAGUCGAGCAAGUCAAACGAAAGGAUGAGCCACAAAAGAAAACAAAGAAAGAAAAACGUAAGGCUGAGAAGGUAGAAAAGGUCGUAAAAAUCGUAGAAACUAUGGAGAAAGAGGUGCCAGAAAAUAUUACUGCUGAACUUGAGGAGGAGAAGCCAGAGCCUGCCGUCUUGGAUGAACCACAGAAAGAACCUCAGAAGGAACUCGAAACUACUCGUGCACCAUUAAUGUCAUGGUCAUCUAUUGUAAAGACACCCGGUGAAUGGGUGGACGACAUCGUUAGUAAAACCAAGAAGGUGUUUACCGAGAGCGAGAAAAAAGCGACUGUCGCUGAUAAGAAAUCAGCUAAAGAGGUGUCAAAAGAAAAACCAGCAGCGCCAGAAAAGGAGCGUAAGCCUAAAAAAUCCAAGAAAAAUAAAAACAGAGAUGUUUCCAUUGAACCAGCCAAGCCAGAAGAAGAAGAAGAGCCCGUGCACAAGCCGACUAAGGCAGAAGAAGUAAAGUCCACAGAAAGUGAUGAAUCCGAUGAACUAAAAGAAAAUAGUCAGAGUCCAAUUACAUCAGAAGAAGAGAACCAUGUCGCAGUUGAAGCGCCAGCUGUGCCUGAAAACAUCGCUCCAAAACAAUCGCAGCCAGGCAUCGUAUCUUGGGCUUCACUAGUAAGCAGACCAGGCGAGUGGAUUGAUGAAACCAUUACGAAACAUAAAGCACCAUCAGAACCAUUGCCUAAGGUCGAAAAACCGAAGCCUCUAAAGACAAAGGAAAAGGAAAAUAAAGAUAAGAAACCAAAAUCAAAGCCUGAACGUAUUUCCAAAAAGACUGACACUCAUAUCGAAGAACAAACUGAGUGGACUGAGGUAGUUGCUACUACCGACGCUGUUGCGGAAAUUGAAGCAGCAGUGUCAAAGGUUGUCGAGAAGCCAGAACCACAAAUUGAAACAAAAGAACCCGUAGCGCCUGCAAACCCACAAUUCUCUUGGGCAGCUUUAGUAAAACGACCAGGCGAAUGGGUUGAUGAUAUAAAAGAACGUAAGAAGGCAGAGAAAGUAGCUGAGCCUGAGCAAAUUGUCGUUGAAGCACCAAAGAAAUCUGAAAAGUUUAAGAAACCCAAGCCUGUGAGCAAGAAAGUAAAGGAGCGCACCGAAGCGCCUAAAGAAAGUACUCAAAAGGAUGUAUCACUGCCGACAACAUCUGACAGUGACUCUGAAAGAUAUGAGAAAUUGCCUGCAACAGAGUCCAAUACUUUAACUUGGGCUAAGAUAGCAAGUCAAAAAGAGGUUGAGCUUAAAGACUCCGCACAACCAAAAGAAAUUGUGAGUAAGAAAGAUUUGAAACAACGAAAAGAAGUUUCACAGCCGAAAGAAAAGCCGCUAGAAACUUUGAGUACUAAACAAGCGAAACAAAUAAAAGAAAUGGCGCAGCCAAAAGAGAAGCCAGCUUCGAAACCUACGGCAGUCCAAGAGGUUGAAAUAUACUCCGAUAUCCCCGCUGUUCCUACUAAGAUGUCCUGGGCUACAAUAGUUAGUCAAUCUACUACAGAUUUCAUUAGUAAUGAACGCAGUCGACCAACGUCUAAAGCGGAGAAGGUAAAAGCUAUACCACAAAAGAAACAGCCAAUUGAAAGAAUUGAGCGAGCCGUCGCUGAGAGGCCUGCAGUUGAAGUUUCGGCGCACAAAGAGACUUUAGAUGAUUUUGAAUGGAACAAUUUCUCUGAGAGAGUUACUUCGACUUACGACCACCCCGAAGAUAAUGAUGAUUUUGCCGGGCAGAAUGAACCCAAAUCAUGGAAGGAUAUGAUUGAUGAAGAUGACGACCUAUUUUCGUAUGAUGUUCCCGCUGAGGUGCAAAAGCCUACUGAAGAAGUCUUUGAAAAGACCGACGAAAAUGUGUCCAAUGUCACCUCGACCAUUACCACUACAACAACGGUCGUUAGUGAAACAAAAACUGUGGAGGAAGUUCCGCAAGUGGUCGCAGAGAAACGAAUCGAAAAGAUUGGCGACGUAAAACCAGCUGAGACCAUAGUAGAAGAAGUAGUUGAAGUGGAGACUGUUGAAAAAAAAACCGGUCGAACAAGUAAGGUUCCUGAUAUCAAACCUGUGGUGAAAAUGCCGGAAGUAGUUGAAGAGAAACCGUUAGAAAAGGUUGACGUAGUAAAACCAAUUGAGACUUCAGUGGAAGAAGUUGUUGAAAGGAAGCCUGUUGAAGAGAAACCCGUUGAACCACUAAAGGAAGAACCCAAUAAACCUGCAUAUGCUGGUCUUCCAAUCGACGAAUCUUCAACCACCUGGAUGGAUGUUCUGGAUGAGCCUAUGUUCUUGUCUGAUGAAGAGGAAAACUCUGCAGAAACAGUGACUUCGACAACUACAACAACUACUAUUACAACCACUGUUGUAAGUGAAACAGAGAAAAAUAAAGAAUCCGAAACCAAACUAUUCGAAGAAGUUCCCCAAGUGGUCGAUGAGAAAUCAAUCGAGAAGUUUGAACAAAUUGAACCAGUUAAGAGUCCAGUUGAACCUAUAGAAAAUGUUCCGAAAGUGGUUGAAGAGAUAGCAAUUGUAAAUGCUGAAGAAGUGCAAUCAGUUGUGGCUCCAGUCGAAGAAAAAAUUGAGGUGAAGUCUGUAGAAGAGAAACCUGUCGAAGCCCAAAAGGAAGAACCCAAGAAACCAGCUAUUGAUGAAUCUUCAAUCACCUGGAUGAAUGUUCUGGAAGAACCAUUGGUUUUAUCCAACGAAGAAGAGACAGUGUCUCAGAUCACAACUACCACUACAACCACUGUUAUAACUGAAUCGCAGGAAAUAAAGGCUCCAGUCGAAGAAGUUCUGCAAGAAGUCAAAGAAACACCAAAAGAAAAUGUUGAAAAAGAGAAGCCAGUUGAGAGCGCAGUGGAUAAAGUUGUGGAAGUAAAGACUGUUGUAGAGAAACCAUUCGAACCAGCGAAGGAAGAACCCAAGAAACCUGCAUACGAGGGUCUUCCUAUUGAUGAGUCUUCCAGCACCUGGGUUGAUGUUCUGGACCACGAGCCAGUAAAGGAAGAACCCAAGAAACCAGCUUAUGCCGGUCUUCCAAUCGACGGAUCUUCCAGCACCUGGCUGGAUGUUCUGGACGAACCUAUGUUCUUAUCUGACGAAGAAGAUACAUCUCAAGGAACAGUGUCUCAGACCACCGCGACAGUUACUACUACAUCCACCAUUGCUACUGAAGCUGUGGAAGUAAAGACUCCUGAAACGAAACCAGUCGAAACAGCUCCGCAAGUAGUUGAAGAUACACCGCUCGAAAAGGUUGAAGAAAUUAUUGAGGUUAAGGCCGUGGAAAAGAAACCGGUCGAGCCAGUGAAGGAAGAGCCCAAGAAACCU